AAAAAAGGGUCUUGCGCUGACGUCAUAUUUAGUGGCCGGAAAUCUCAGACGGGAUCGUGUCCGCAGAGAUGGCUGGGCUGCUGAAAAAGACGACCGGCCUGGUCGGCCUGGCAGUGUCCCACAACCCUCAUGAGCGUCUGAGGAUUCUAUACUCUAAGAUCCUGGCGUCGCUGCAGGCCAUGCCGCAGGACGCCGCCUACAGGAAAUACACAGAGCAGCUGGUCAACGAGAGGUUUGGCCACGUCAAAACGGAGCCUGAUGUAGAGAAGCUGGAGAAGAAGAUAAACUGUGGGCAGAUUGAAGAAGUCAUUUUCCAGGCGGAGUGUGAGCUGGCUCUGUCCAGGAAGAUGGCCGAGUGGAAACCAUGGGAGCCACUGAUAGAGGAGCCCCCUCCCAACCAGUGGAAAUGGCCCAUCUGAAUACACCUGUGUAUACUGCUGCUGUCAUACUGUCUGUGUGUGUGUGUAAUCUAUACUUCUACUUCUAGUGAAGUAAUGAACAAAUAAAACUCUGCAAAUAUUUCUCCA